AUGGCUACAUUUAGCAUAUAUCAGGACAAGGAAAAUAAUUCUUCCAUUUUACCGAAUAAAUUAAAAGAUGCCGGACCAACACAAAAACGGAUUGUACUUAAAGUUUUAGACAAAAAUUCUGAUGAUGGAAAUGAAAUUAAAUUGCCCAUUCACAAAAAUAUUGCUCAGAAAAGCACUGCAGCAAUAAAAGCAAAAGAUGAGACGUAUAAUUUUCAUAAUGAAAAAAUUCAAGUCAAUUGCAAAAUAAGUCAUAAAUCAAAAGUUGUCAAGUCAGGAUAUCAAAAUGUUCAGCCCAGUGGAAAAGAUUUUAAAAUCUUUCAAGAAAUAUCUGGAGAUGUUCCUUCUAAAGGUCCUUGCAAUGAAAAAGUUGCAAUCAAGGAUGAAAAUAAAAGUAGAGCUUUAAAAGAUAAAUAUGUAGAACAAGAGAAACCGACUAGUUCUAAAGAUGUUUCUUUUCCUUCUUGUGUCACGACUGUACAUAGAGAACCCUCUGUCUCAUCAUCAUCAUCAUCUUGUAUGUCAGUUCAGGAGCAAUUUUGUGAAACGGAUGAUGUAAUUCAGGAAAUGCCAAUGAGUAUAGACAAUUCAAAAAUUAGUAGCAAUUUAGAGUUAGAAUAUGAUUCUAGACUUAAUGAAUUAUCAAUGAAUGAGCAAUUGUAUGCAUGUGACGAACCUAAAAAAAAUUACAUGCUCAAACAGCCUGAUAUUUCAUAUGGUAUGAGAGCUAUAUUAGUUGAUUGGUUAGUUGAGGUAGUAGAAGAAUACCACAUGAAAACAGAGACUUUAUAUUUAGCAGUGUCUUACAUAGAUAGAUUCCUCAGCUACAUGAGUGUCAUUAGGGCUAAAUUACAAUUAGUCGGUACCGCUGCAAUGUUCAUAGCUUCAAAAUUUGAAGAAAUAUAUCCUCCCAACGUCAACGACUUCGUUUUUAUCACGGACGAUACUUAUUCGAAAAAACAAGUACUAAGAAUGGAACAUCUCAUACUCAAAGUUUUGUCGUUCGAUUUGAGUACUCCAACAAUUUUAUGUUUUCUCACGGAUUUUGCAUCGUGUUAUCCGACCGUAGAAAAAGUCAAAUUUUUGGCAAUGUAUUUAUGUGAAUUAACUUUGCUCGAAGCGGAUCCGUAUUUGGCAUAUUUGCCAUCCGAAAUAGCUGCUUCGGCGUUGUGUGUCGCAAGGUAUACUUUGCUGGAUGAAACGGAAGAAAUUUUUCCUGUUAAAUUGCAGGAAGUUGUCGAUCAUCACGUGGAAGAUUUAAUUGAUUGUAUUUCGGCGGUAGAUAACACGUUCAGAAAAGCUUCGAGCAUUCCACAAAAAGCCAUUCAAGAAAAGUACAAAUCUAACAAGUGA